UUUAAUAAGCUUCAAGGAUGGAUGUACUUCAUAGCAUUCAUAAGGAACCUUGAGUACGCUCCUGGUGUUGUGCUUGUACCUAUGGGAAGCAGGACAGGAAAACCUUUUCGUACAACAAACCUGAUUGUUUUUGCACCUAAAAAUGUUCCAAAUGAUUCUGGAAAGAAUGGUUUUAUCGCGUGUGGAGAUGCGUUGAUAGUGGAUCCUGGGUGUCAGUCUAAAUUCCAUGAAGAGCUCAGACAAAUUGUAGCUGCUUUGCCGAGAAAGUUAAUUGUGUUUGUUACUCAUCAUCAUCGCGAUCAUGUGGAUGGUCUUUCAGUUAUUCAACGUUGCAAUCCUGAGGCUACAUUAUUAGCACAUGAAAACACCAUGCGACGCAUUGGGAAAGAUGACUGGUCUCUUGGCUUUACUGCUAUUUCUGGAACUGAAGAGAUUUGCAUUGGCGGUCAGCGGUUGAUUGCCAUUUUCUCUCCGUCAAGGUAGUGCCAUACUGGAUGUUACUUCCGGGGGAAAUAUGACU